AUGAGGCUUUCCCAAAAAUGGCAAGUCAUCAACCAGAGGAGCCUGCUGUGUGGAGAAGAUGAGACUGCAGAGGAAAACCCAGAGUCUCAAGAGAUGCUAGAGGAGCAACUGGUGAGGAUGUUAACCCGAGAAGUCAUGGACCUAAUCACGGUAUGCUGUGUUUCCAAAAAAGGUGCUGACCACAGUACUGCUCCCCCCGCAGAUGGAGAUGAUGAAGAGAUGAUGGCCACAGAGGUAACCCCCUCGGCCAUGGCAGAGCUUACAGACCUGGGCAAAUGCCUAAUGAAGCACGAGGAUGUUUGUACGGCGCUAUUAAUUACAGCCUUCAACUCCCUGGCCUGGAGGGAUACUCUGUCCUGCCAGAGGACGACUACACAGCUGUGCUGGCCCCUUCUCAAACAAGUGCUGACAGGGACACUGCUCGCAGAUGCUGUGACAUGGCUUUUCAGCAGUGUGCUGAAGGGCUUGCAGACGCACGGGCAGCAUGAAGGCUGCAUGGCUUCACUGGUGCACCUGGCUUUUCAGAUCUACGAGGCGCUGCGUCCCAGGUACCUGGAGAUAAGAGGUGUUAUGGAGCAGAUCCCUGACAUACAGAAAGACUCUCUGGACCAGUUUGACUGCAAGCUUUUGAACCCGUCUCUGCAGAAAGUUGCUGACAAGCGCAGGAAGGACCAAUUCAAACGCCUCAUUGCUGGUUGUAUUGGGAAACCCUUGGGAGAGCAGUUCCGAAAAGAAGUUCACAUUAAGAAUCUUCCAUCACUUUUCAAAAAAACAAAGCCAGUGUUGGAAACGGAGGUGCUAGACAAAGAGGAAGGCGGCCUGGCCACCAUCUUUGAACCGUGA